CGGAGGGACGGAGGGAGCGAGUGGGCUGGCGGCCCCGACCCGCCGCGGCCUCCCCGCCUGAGCAAGCGAGGCGGUGGCUGGCUUCCUCACAGAUCAGUGCCGGGAAACACGGAGCGCGGCUGCCAGGUUGGAAACGUGUUGGCGGCACGGUUUGGGGGCGUAGGUCGUGAAAAAUGCCUAAGAAGAAGACUGGUGCUCGUAAGAAAGCUGAAAACCGCCGUGAACGUGAAAAGCAGAUAAGGGCUUCAAGAGCCAACAUAGAUUUAGCCAAACAUCCUUGUAAUGCUUCGAUGGAAUGUGAUAAGUGCCAAAGACGACAGAAGAAUAGAGCUUUUUGCUACUUCUGCAACUCAGUUCAAAAACUACCCAUUUGUGCACAAUGUGGAAAAACCAAAUGCAUGAUGAAGUCUUCAGACUGUGUUAUAAAACAUGCUGGUGUGUACAGUACUGGACUAGCAAUGGUGGGUGCAAUCUGUGAUUUCUGUGAAGCUUGGGUGUGUCAUGGGAGGAAGUGUCUGAGCACACAUGCAUGUACCUGCCCUCUUGCAGAUGCAGAAUGUAUUGAGUGUGAAAGAAGUGUCUGGGACCAUGGAGGGAGAAUAUUUGCCUGCUCUUUUUGCCAUGAUUUUCUCUGUGAAGAUGAUCAGUUUGAACAUCAAGCCAGCUGCCAAGUUCUGGAAGCAGAGACAUUUAAAUGUGUUUCCUGUAACAGGCUUGGGCAACAUUCAUGUCUGCGUUGUAAGGCUUGCUUUUGUGACGAUCAUGUGCGAAGUAAGGUUUUCAAGCAGGAAAAAGGAAAAGAGCCUCCCUGUCCUAAAUGUGGCCAUGAAACUCAGCAGACAAAGGAUCUGAGCAUGUCAACGCGUUCUUUGAAGUUCGGCCGACAGACUGGAGGUGAAGAUGCAGAUGGAGCUUCUGGGUAUGAUGCCUACUGGAAGAACCGCUCCUCCAGCAAGCCUGGAGAUGCAGGUGACCGUGAGGAUGAAUAUGAUGAAUAUGAAGCAGAAGAUGAUGAUGAAGAUGAAGAUGAAGGAGGGAAGGAUUCUGAUGCUGAGACCACAGACGUAUUCAGCAAUUUGAAUUUAGGAAGGACCUAUGCAAGUGGGUAUGCACAUUAUGAGGAACCAGAAGAUUAAAACUUGGCAAGCUAAAAACACUCGGAAAGGACCUAAGCAGUGCUUCACUUGAGUUCUGUAUGUGCCAGUAGGAUAGCUCUAUCAGGUACUUGCAUAUUCAAGUUAUAGAGCAUGGAACUUCUGCAGUA